AUCAAUGCUAAAUUCAGUGAUGAAUGCGAAUACUACGUUGAUCCAUCUCGAUUGGAAAGACGUGCGAAUGUGAUGAAAUUAAUGAAUUUUCUUGCUCUUCUAGGGAUGAACUUCGAUGUGUUUUAAAUUCCGCGAUUGAACUUAUUGAAUUAGGUGGUUUAGAUAAAAAAAAAUUUUAA